GCCAUGUAGUCUAAAUGCAAGAUGGCCGCCCCCAUAAAAAAAACUGUCGAACUAUUUUACGAUGUCGUUUCUCCGUACUCUUGGUUUGCAUUUGAGGUUCUCUGUCGGUAUGAAAACAUAUGGAACCUAGACCUAAAGAUGAAACCAUUCUUUCUUGGUGGGAUAAUGAAAGCCGCUGGCAACACCCCACCGGCUAUGGUUCCAAACAGGGGACAGUAUAUGAGGAAAGACCUUCAAAGACUUGCAAAGUACUUCAAUGUUCCUUUGAAUGAACCAAAGGACCCAGCUGAAAUGAUGUUUGUGAAGGGGAGCCUGAAGACCCAGAGGUUUAUCACUGCCGUGGAUAUGAAACUUCCGUCCAAGACCAGGGAUGUUACUAGAGAGAUGUGGCACAGGAACUGGAGCAGGGAUGAAGAUAUCACCGAACCAAACAGUUUAAAAGAGGCUGGUUUGAAAGCAGGACUGACAGAGGAACAGAUAGCCACAUUUUUACAAGACAUGUCCGACAGCAGGGUCAAGGAUAGACUUAAACAAUACACAGAAGAAGCUCUUGGCUAUAAGGCGUUUGGAUCGCCGACGAUAAUGGCCCAUGUCGAUGGGAAUGGGAAGCCGGAGCUUGUGUUCGGGUCUGAUAGGUUUCCCGUAUUGGCACAGCUGUUGGGAAAGGAAUGGCUGGGACCAACUCCACCAGGAGAAAGCAAGUUGUAAUAUGUGUUAGUGCCAUCUCAUGUGAGUGAUGUGUGAUAACUCACUUGAUGACCGAUCAAUUAUUGAGAUACACAGUUGGUGUCAUUGUUAAACGUCACGGAACGAGUGCGUGUAAAACAAAACCGACAAUACCUUUGAUUCGUGUGCUCGAGGGUGGACAGUUGUGACACGAAUUCUCAGUCUUAUAGCUGAUCAUAAGUUAUGGUUAUGUAUUGGUAUAUAAACAAACGCAAACAAAAUGAUGCAUUAUAAGUUCUAAAAAUCAGAUUUGUAGUUCGAGGGCUGAAUUGAUUAAACAUGAAGUUGUGAUGAUAUUUAUAUAUUUUGUAUAUAUUAGUGUUAUUCCUUUUUUUCUUAUUAAACAAUUCGUCGAUAAAGAU